AAAAUUCCAAACAUUUCAGAAUCCCCAGAAAAAAUGCCUCGAACACUCUUCGUCAUUUGCCUUUCUGCAGUAUGCCAAAGAAGUACUUGUUAUGAUGAGGGUGAUUUGGCUUUAUUGCCCUGUGAUUGUAAAUUACGAUUGCUAGAAUAUUUUGUUUCACAUGACUUGAUAACAAGUGAGCACUGUCUAAGCCUUAUUUCUCGCCCAAUGUUUGGACAUAAUCUAACCAAGAUAUGUUUGUAUUUGAGCGAUCAUCUUGAUGACAAUACUUUGGGAAUAUUAGCAGAGCAUUGUAACAAUCUCCGCUACAUUUCCCUCAUUGAGUGUUCCAAUAUUACUGACAUUGGAAUAAUUAAUUUAACCAAAAAUCAAACAAAACUUGAACGGCUUGAACUUGUUGGACUAUCAAAAAUUAGUUCAACAGCCUUUGCUUUCGUAAACUCUAAAAAGCUUUCAAACGUGGAUUUAAGUGGAUGUUCUAAAAUAAGCUCUGAAGGAAUAUUUAAUUUGGUUUAUAAUAAUCCUUCAAUUAUUAGCCUUUGUUUAAAUGGAUGUAGUGGAUUGGAUGAACAAGCCCUUUAUGACAUCGCGCAUUGUACUGGGGAGAGACUUUGUCGUUUGGAACUUGACAAUUUACACAAUUCUAAUAUUAUUGAACGGGUACAAGCAAUACAUAGUCUUUCUCAAAAGUGCCCAAACAUUGCAAGAUUAUCGCUUUGCCAGUUCUUCCCGGAGGAAGAAGCAACAGAGCAACAAUGUUUAAUUGAAGGAAGUGGCUUGAGAGAUAUUGACCUCUAUGGAAAUUAUUUUUGGCAACCCCCAACACUUCCUUUAACCUUGUGCUCUUUACGCCUUUCUGUUACGGGUCAAGAAAAUGUACAUCAACUUCUUACAAGUUUACAACAACAAACUAAAUUGGUUAAUAUACAUUUACAAUUACAAUGUUUUGAAGAAGAUGCGCGUUUCGGGUCAAAAGCCCAGGGUUUGGAGUUUUCUCAUGUUUUUGGGUCGGAUUUCGGAUCGGGUCAGUUAGGAAGAAUUAAGAGGGAAUUGGAAAAAAUCCAAAAUAAAUUUUCUUUUCAGCAUUCAAUAGAAAACGCCAACACAUUCCUCUACAAAUUUUUGCGUAUAAUGGGAACUAAAAUCACUCGCCUUCACAUUGCUGUUCAACGUCUUUGCGAUUCUGUUAUGUUACUUAUUGCCUCACAGCUCCCAAAUCUGAGUCAUUUAGCCUUGGAUGUAUAUUACUUAAAUUCGAAUACAUUAAAACGUCUUUUUGCCGGUGGACUUCACUCCCAAGGGGCUAAAUUACGCUCUCUACGCCUUUGCCGUUUAAAAAUUACAUAUCGAGCAUUAUUUUCUAUUGGGCGUUGGGUAAAUUUUAAUGGUUGUAAAUGGGUUACAGAUAAAGGUCUUGCUGGGUUAGCAAGAAAUAAGCGUCUUCGAGAAGUUCGGAUAAGAGGGACAAGUUGCACUGACAAAUCACUCUACUCGUUGGCACAAUUCUGCCCCGCCUUAGAAUGGAUUGCCCAUGCUGAUUUUAGCGGACGCCCAAAAUUUAGUGAUCAAGCAUUAAAAUGUUUAAGAGAUGCGUGCAUACAACGAGUGAUUUGUUAA